UUAAAUUUGUGUACCCAAAACAAACACAUACAUACACGUAAAUGUAUAUAUACAUUGGUUGCAUAUGCCAGUAUUCAAAUUUAGAUGCUCUCUCAAUCGAAAUCUAAAAAACCCAAUCAAAAAAUUCUCUCUGAUUCUCGAAAUUGUCUGUUUCCUCGAAUUCAAACCGUGGUUCUUCGUUCGAACAUACGAAGAUCUAUUGCAAAUUUGCAAUUCAAUAGUUGUUGUUGAUCAUCGAUUGCGUGAAAGCGCUUCGAGAAUGUUCAACGGAAUGAUGGAUCCUGAAUUGAUGAGACUCGCCCAGGAGCAGAUGAGUCGCAUGUCGCCCGCUGAGAUGGCCAGGAUUCAACAACAGAUGAUGUCUAAUCCUGACUUGAUGAGAAUGGCUACUGAAAGCAUGAAAAACAUGAGGCCUGAAGACUUGAGGAAUGCUGCUGAACAGUUGAAGCAUACUCGUCCAGAGGAGAUGGCUGAGAUCGGUGAGAAGAUGGCUAAUGCAUCCCCUGAAGAGAUAGCUGCAAUGCAUGCACGUGCUGAUGCACAAAUCACUUAUGAAAUAACCUCAACUCAGAUGCUGAAGAAACAGGGGAAUGAGCUUCACAGCCAGGGCAGGUAUAAUGAUGCAUUGCAGAAAUACUUGCUUGCAAAGAAGAACCUGAAAGGUAUUCCAUCCUCCAACGGAAGAUCACUCUUGUUGGCAUGCUCUCUGAACAUGAUGUCGUGUUACUUGAAAACAAUGCAGUAUGAUGAGUGCAUAAAAGAAGGAACCGAGGUCUUGGCAUAUGACACAAAGAAUGUCAAAGCUCUUUACCGCAGGGGUCAAGCUUAUAAAGAAUUAGGACAAUUAGAAAAUGCAGUCUCUGAUUUGAGUAAAGCACAUGAAGUUUCCCGCGAUGAUGAAACUAUCGCAGACGUCUUAAGGGAUGCCAAGGAAAGAUUGGUGACAGAAGGUGGUGGCAAUACAUCAAGUGGAUUGGUUAUUGAAGAAAUAACUGAAGAAGAGCAGUCUGUGUCAUCAGAAAAUUGUGAAAGUUCAGCUAAAGAAUAUUUGGUGUCACAACCGCAAGAAACCAGUGGCUGCUCAAAGAGUCAGCCAGAGAGUAACACUGAGGCUCCUUCAACUAAUUCAGAGUGUGUUAACUCUUUAAAAGAUGAUCCAGAAGCUAUCAGAUCCUUCCAAAAUUUCAUGUCUCAUGCUGAUCCUGAAACUCUUGCUGCUGUGAGUGGUGGAAAGGCUGAUGGGGUAUCACCUGAUAUGAUGAAGACUGCCUCAAAUAUGAUCGGCAAGAUGUCUCCCGCAGAACUUCAUAGAAUGUUCCAGUUAGCUUCCUCCUUCCAGGGGGAGAAUCCAUAUCUUAAGAGAGGUUCUUCGGAUUCUGAUUUCAACAGCUUCACACCUGGCCGAGUUCCCACUGAUGCGGCACCUGACAUGCUCAAAAUGGCAAGUGAUAUGAUGAGUAAUAUGUCAGCAGAAGAUCUUCAAAACAUGUUUCAAAUGGCUUCAUCAUUGAAAGGGAAAGAUUCUAAUGGACUUGGAUCAGAUACUAAAUCAAAACCUGCUGAAGAUCGGGAAACUUUUGCAGUUAAGGGAGAUCAUGCUGGCGAAAGUAGUUCUUCUCAUGGAUCGUUUUCAAAUUCCAGAACUACCCGUCAAUCAAGCUUCCUCAACCCAACUGCUGAUGUGCAAGAACAAAUGAAAAACCAAAUGAAAGAUCCAGCCAUGCGGCAGAUGUUCACAUCAAUGAUUAAAAACAUGAGCCCAGACAUGAUGGCAAACAUGGGUGAACAAUUUGGAUUUAAGCUUUCUCAGGAAGAUGCAGAAAAAGCUCAACAAGCGAUGUCAUCUUUGUCACCAGAUGACUUGGAUAAAAUGAUGCGAUGGGCAGAUAGGAUUCAGGGUGGAGUGGAAAAGGCGAAGAAGACAAAAAAUUGGCUGCUGGGGAAACCGGGUAUGGUUUUGGCAAUAUUUAUGCUUGUUUUAGCAAUCAUCCUUCACCGGCUAGGCUACAUAGGAAGCUAGAGAGCAGGAUGGUUUGUGCAAGCCAUGGAGCACUGGAAUCAAUUUUCAACCUCCAAAUGAACAAGAGAGAGGGUGUAAACCUAAUUUUUUGUACCUUGGAAGUCGUCAGACCAGAGGAGCAGAAUGCAGCAGGUUGAAGGGGUGUGGAGGUGGCAGCCGGGGGUGGCGAUAGUGGUGGUGUGUUCAGUGGCUGAAACAUGAAACCCGGGAUUUGUUUUUGUAUGUUAACUUAGUUAUGUAAUGAAUUGUCAAUUGUUUUGCAGUGUCUGAUGCUUUUAUAGUAAGUUUUAAAUGGGAGCUGAGAAAGUACCUUCUAGAAUUCUCACAAGGGAAAGCCCAACUUCUAUCAUUCUAUUACAUUCUAUUAUUGAAUUUUCAACAAUCAUAGUUAAAUUUAAUGAAAACUUAUAAAGCC